GACUGAACGGCUCGCCGGCUCCUGCCGACGUGUUUUUCCGGUGGCAGAGCAGCGGAUUACCAGUGCCAGGCAAAAUGGAGCUCGAGGCCAUGAGCAGAUACACCAGCCCAGUGAACCCAGCUGUCUUCCCCCAUCUGACCGUGGUACUGUUGGCCAUUGGCAUGUUCUUCACCGCCUGGUUCUUCGUUUACGAGGUCACAUCCACCAAGUACACUCGGGACAUCUACAAAGAGCUCCUCAUUUCCUUGGUGGCCUCACUCUUCAUGGGCUUUGGGGUCCUCUUCCUGCUGCUCUGGGUUGGCAUCUACGUAUGAGCUCCCAAGGGUUCCAACCAGGCAGCUUCACUGAAUCUCUGCUUUUGUAAAUUAAUUUUUUUACUAUUGCUGGAAGUGUCCCGCCUGCUGCUCACAAUAAAGGCAGAUGUGUGACUGUC